UCCAUUUUGUGAAGGAGCCGGAAAGGUCGUGUUGUGAGUCGAGUUGAGCAGAGGAGAAGAAGGCUACUUUGUGAAUCUGAGGCAGAUAUAUUUUCUGUUGGCAAGUUUGUGAGGUUUAGUCGUUAUUGCUGACUUUUGUACAGUUUUCGUAAGUGUCCCCUGCUUGUGGAAAAGGGGAGUCGGCUCAGUGGAAGGAAGUCUCGCUGUGCGGACUUCUCAUUCUGCCUGCCUUCUGCCUAGACCCCAGGGGGUUUCCAUGUUGGAUCUGGAACUUCAUCGGCUCAUGCAAAGGCAAACUGGUAGAUUAAAGAAGGGAUCACAGAGAGAACGGGACUUGCUACUUUGUAGACCUGGAAAGGGUGAAACAAUACAGUCUGAAGGAUCAGCUAAAAGGUGACAUACAAGUUGAAGAUGGGUGGAGGUGAAAGAUUUAACAUUCCUGUUCACCAGCAAAGAAAUAACAUUGGCAAGCAGAAUAAUAGACAGAUGUUUUUAGAACGUAACAAUCAGAAGAUCUUGUCUCACACAAAGAAGGACAGGGGGCAUGGCUCAUCUGGUGUGUCAUGGCAGGCCAUGCAGAAUGGAGCAAAUAACAAUAACCGCUCAGCUAACCAGAAUAGGGGUUCCGGAUUUACAGGAUCCAAGAACCUCUUCAAUUGUCAAGCCAACCAGAACUACGCUGGAGCCAAAUUCAGUGAACCACCAUCACCAAGUGUUCUUCCCAAACCGCCAAGCCACUGGGUUCUGCUGUCAUUCAGUCCCGCUGAGAAAGAAUUGAUGUCCUUCCAGCUCAAAACCUUACUGAAGGUACAGGCUUGACCUGACCACACAAAUUAAGAUGCCACCAACAUGACAAUUACAGGGUUUCAAGUUCAAGGCUGCCCAUCUCUGUAGUCUUAAUGUAUCUGAACUUGCACUAAUUUCGACAUAUCGUGGGUUUAUUUUGUUAUAGUUGAAGCUGUUCAGGAGUUAAAAUUUACGCUUGGGACAACCCUCCAUGAUCACAACCUGUAGCUGAAGCACUUUUCAUCACAGCAUUGCUUGUGCACAUCACACUGAAUUUCUCUUGCUCCUUUACAUCAAAUGACCAAAUUAGGUCUAUACUAUGUUUUGCACUUGAAAGACAGAAGGUGGAAUACCUUUUUUUGUUUUAAAGCUAGUAAAUAUUUGUAAAUGGAGCACCUCUUAACCAACCUCGCAAGUGCUUUAUGAUAUUGUGUGUGUAUAUAUUUUUUUAUUUCAAAUCUUGUUGUGUUAAAGCUCUUAGUUCAAAUGCCCAUCAUUUCUAUUAGUCAUCCAAAUUUUGGUAUGUUUUAAGCAAUGAAGCAAAUCAAACUUUGUUGUUCUCCUGUUUAGUAGCUAAACUCCUGCCAUAUAAUACUGUAGUACUAUUUCCAGCCAACUUGUACAGGUUACAGUUAGUCCAGCUAUUUAUCUAAACCACGGGUUAACAGCUUACCAGACCUUAAAGGGACAUUGAAUACUAUAAAUUAUUUGUCCCACAUUCUUCUCUAAAGCAACAAAAAGCAUAAUCUGUAACGUAUUCAUAAUGCUGCAAGUUGCUUGCACCAGCUCCUUGAUUUGCAGGUUACCUAUUUUGCUUCUUGGCCUGACUAGGAGUGUGGGACAAAGUAUGAUUUUACUUCAAAAGCUAGAUGGUUUUUUUAUGUCUUCUUAACCACUAGCAUUCCAGGUUUUAAAUGAUUCUUUUUUUCAGAAAUGGCCUUUUUAUGGCCGAUUUUGUUAUCUUGUAGAAUUGAUAUAGUGGAAAUGUGGAUUGUUUGUGGGCAGUAAUUACUGGAGUUGAUCAGUAUACUAGUACAGGGGUUCAAACAUUAUUUUUUUUUUUUUUUUAAAAUAUAGAAGCUAUUACAAAUACUAGGGGGGGAGGUGGAGAUUUUUUUUUUUUUUAUAUAGGUAGAUGUGUGGAAGUAUUAAAAAUGUUGGGAACCCCUGUGCUGGUAAACUGAAAAACACCCAGUCACUGGAUACAAUUGUAAUGGUUAAGACGCACAUAGACAGAAGGAACUAAUUUUAUGCUGAUUUUUCAGCUUCAAAGUAGUAACUUUUUACACCCCAACCCGCCACUCCAUCAGAUCUUGCUGAUAUUUCUUGCGUCUUUGUAUUUAUGUGCCAAUGGCCAAACAUAUUUGCACUGCCAGUGACUGCCAAAACGAUGGUAAAUUUAAGUUUAACAGUCAUUAAAUAUGGCUGUCUGGCUUUAUUCCUCAACCCCUUUGCCUAUAUAUUUAAUGCUCUUAAAUUUUGAGAAUGUAAGCUAACCUGUCGUAGUGGCACUGCUACAGUACCUUAUUUGCAUAACAGCGUAACCUUCAACUUGGCACCCUGUGAUUGUCUUCAAACAUUGGCGUUCUCAACCCUGGUCUUAAAAUAAUGGAAGAAGCCUUAUUGUAACGUUAUCCAUGCAUAAACAUGGGUGUCUUUAACAAAACUGCUUCCAUCUUUGUUUUUUUUUUACAAUUUUUUUUCUUUGAGCUAAUGGUUUGAAUUGUCCAAUCAGCAUUCUCCCUAUAUGACACUUUGUUGUAGCUAGUGUCCCGAUUUGAAGAAUAGUUCAAACCUUUAGCUUUAAUAUGCAUCAUUGAAGACCAGAGUUGUGAAUCGCUGUUUAAAUCAAAUUCAAACAACUAAGACUCGUGUAAAUACAUGUAAAAGUUGUAGAAUAUGUAAAUGAACGCAGGGUAACCUGCAGAAUAAAGUAUUUUUUAGUAUAAAACUUCUGAAUGUAGUCAUGCAGAAGUCGUGACUUUGAAUAACUAAUAUUUUCUUUAAAGAAAACACAAGCUUGUGUAGCCUUUGCACAAAGUGCCAGUAUAAAUAUGUACACGUUCUCGUGUUAUGAGUUGUAAAACUGGUACUACAGUGGGAUUGGUGCAAAUUAAGGAUUUUAUAUAAACAAAAAAAAAACUUAAAAAAAAUAUAUUAAAUAUUGCUGCUUAUACCUUCUUUUGAAGGAACACAUUUUCAUGUAUAAAUAGAUGUUUUUUUAUGAUUUUACUGUCUGAGUAUUCCCACUGCUCAGACAGUAUAAUUAUGUACAUAGACAUUUGUUUGUGUUUUUGUUUUUCUCCCCACACUUAUUUGAAACACUUUUCACUUGAUAUGAAGUGAAGUUAUGUUGCACUGCUGGAACAUUCAUUCCAUUGUCAAUCUCCAACACUUCAAUCGUGUUUACAUCUGCAAAAGGGGACUUUUUUUUUUUUUUUUUUUUUUAAAUGUGAGACCGCUUUGAAUGCUACUUCCAACAUCCUUACCUCUACUGCACUGGAUUUCUGUUGUGAAACUGGACAUUCCUUUGAGUUGUCUCAAUCCCUUUUGCCAUCAAGUCUUUGGAUGAACAAUUUAUUAAUGUUUUGAGACGGAGCAUGAGAGCGUCAUACAAUCAGUAUUUUAUUUUGCUUUUAAAAAAAGUGUUUGUACUAUACAUGAAUUUUGUUUUUUUCUUAGUUGGAUUAAACAUGUGUUUUUACAUGAAAUGCAGCCUAAACUAGGUUUGGCUUCUAAAGUUGUUUAAAAAGUAAUCAAUUGCUGUCAGUCUGUCACAUUCAUGCUUUUGUUAUACAAUGUUAAGAAUGCAGAGGCAA